AUGGUAUCAUGUAGCACCCUUGAUUUAUUACUCAAGAAAGAUGCCUUUCAAUGGUCUACACAAGCAGAAUUAGCUUUUAAGGCUCUCAAACAAGCUAUUUCAAAUCCCCAUGUACAUGCUCUUCUUGAUUUUUCUAAACCUUUUGUGGUGGAAUGUGAUGCCUCUGGUAUUGGUAUUGGAGCUAUUCUAAUGCAUUGUCACAGACCAUUGGCUUUUCACAAUCAAGCUCUUAAAGGAAGAAGCUUACACUUGUCUACCUUUGAAAAGGAAUUUUUGGCCUUAAUCACUACAGUGAAGAGAUGGAGACCAUACCUAGUGGGGAAUCCUUUUAUCAUCAGAACUAACCAACAGAGCUUGAAAUAUCUUCUAGAGCAGAAAGUGAGCACACCUGCUCAACAAAAAUGGAUCACAAAGCUUUUGGGGUAUUCUUUUCUAGUUGAGUACAAGAAGGGUAAAGAAAACAAGGCUACAGAUGCUCUUUCUAGGAGAUUGGAGGAUUCUACUUCUUCCCUAAACCCUUUACCUUUGACUGAACACAAAAAAGAUGCUCGGCUAUACUUGAUUUCCUUUCCUUAUUCUACGUGGCUAAAUCUGCUAAAGGAUAGUUACAAAUCUGAUUCUAAUCCACUUGGGGUUCAUUCUGGUUAUUUGAAGACUGUUCAUCGAAUGCAACAUGAUUUCUUUUGGUUUGGUAUGAAGAAGGACAUCAAGGCCCAUAUAAAGACUUGUGAAGUGUGUCAAAGAAUUAAGGUGGAUACUUCUAAAUCUAUUGGUUUAUUGCAGCCUGUUCCAAUUCCAGCUCACUAUGUUGUACAUUUCAGGCCUUUAUCUCAUCCUUACACUGCUACUAAAGUGGCUUUGGUUUUCAUGAGAGAUGUGUUCAAGUUGCAUGGUUUACCAAGAACUAUUGUCAAUGAUAGGGAUGCUACUUUCACUUUUAAUUUCCAGAAAGUGUUGUUCAAACUUCAUAGGACUAAAUUAGCUAUGUCAUCAGCUUAUCACCUUCAAUUUGAUGGCCGAACUAAGGUGGUGAAUAGGAGUUUGGAGCAAUAUUUAAGAGCCUUUUUCAAUACCAAUUACCAUUCCUCCACUAAGAUGACUCCAUUUGAGGCUCUCUAUGGUAUUUCCCCUCCUACAGUUCUAAACUAUGUCCCUGGUACUACUCAGGUGGCUGUAGUGGAUACAAUGUUGCAGGACAAAACUAUUCUUCUCACUCUCCUUAAACAAAACUUGAUUGCCACUCAAGCUAGAAUGAAAGCUUAA